GCGACUUCGCCCGACAUGUACGACGACAAUAGCGAGGGCGAGCAUUGGGAGCAGGAUAUCAAACAUGAGUCACAGACAUCCCCUACAGGGCCCGCGGGCACGUUGGCUCAGGCUCAGUCAAAAUCCCAACUGCCCAUGCAGAAGCGACGAAGGGUGACCCGAGCAUGCGACGAGUGUCGAAGGAAGAAGAUCAAAUGCGACGGCAAGCAGCCUUGCACACAUUGUACAGUCUAUAGCUAUGAAUGUACCUACGACCAGNNCUCUUCUAAUCGUCGUCGCAACCCCGCUCCUCAGUACAUAGAGGGUCUGGAGCACCGAGUUCACCGCGCUGAGACGCUACUGCGAAUGCUCAUGCCUGACCUGAACCUAAACGACCCCAGCAUCGACGUCGCCGUUGCUCAAGGAUAUAUUCCUGGUUUCUCCAACAAGCCCGUCAACAAUGAUACUCCGGCCAUUAAACCUGCUGCUUCUGCACCUGCGAACCUCACAUCCGCUCCAAAUGGCGAUCAGAAAGACACCAACUUGGAAUCUAUGGUCCGCGCUAUCGGCCAACUCGAACUUGACGAACAAGGAAACUGGGAUUAUCAUGGUCAUUCUUCUGGCCUCAGUUUCGUGCGGCGCAUGCGAGAACAACUGGGUGACCUCCUUGGUCCCGACUCCAAGGCUACUCCAUUCAUCAAAUCGCGACCAAUGUCACAAGUCUUUGAUUCUCCGAGAUCUCUGAAUCCAGACUCUCCUGGCGUGUCUAUGGAUGGUGCGGUCCCUGGCACUGAUCUUCCUUCUAGAGAUGUUGCUCGAGACUUGUGUGAAACCGCCAUUACUGAUGCUUCUGUUCUGAUGAGAGCCAUUCAUGUUCCAACCUUCUGGGCAUCCUUCGAUCGCAUGUAUAACACACCAUACGAGAACUACACGAACCAGGACCACAAGUUUCUUCCUCUAUUGUACAGUACCAUGUCAGUAGGCUGUUUGUUUGGCAGCGACGAACAGAGUCCUUUGAACCAGGCUGGUUACGAGACUGCCAUUGACCAANNGGCACGUCAAUUGCUGGAUAUCGCAGACGCCCGCGACUUGACUUCUAUUCAGGCGGUCCUCUACAUGAUCUCAUUCCUCCAAUGCUCGGCCAAAUUAUCGCAAUGCUACGCAUAUGUAGGUGUAGCAUUGCGCUCCGCCCUACGCAUGGGUUUGCACAGGAACAACUCUGCAUUCAGCCGCACAUUCAAUCCUAUCGAGGCCGAGACCAGGAAGCGUGUGUUCUGGACCAUUCGCAAGAUGGACAUCUACGUUGGUGCAAUGUUGGGUUUGCCUCAAACGCUUAGCGAGGAAGACAUUGAUCAAGAAUAUCCUCUAGAGGUUGACGAUGAAUAUAUCACCGAAGAUGGUAUCCUUCCUAUGCCAGAGGGCACUCUUCCACUAACAACAGUCUUCAACGCACAUAGUCGGCUGGUGGAGCUAUUGAUCAAGAUCGUGCGGAAGGUCUAUCCCAUCAGAGCGAAGGACGUUCAAAGCAACAUGGACCGCUCCUACACUGUUCCCUUCUCCGUCAUUCGAGAAAUCGAAAAGGACUUGGAGACGUGGAAGAGCAAUCUGCCUGCAGGGCUGGACCCAUGCAAUAAUUCGAACCCUAAACUCACAAGGGCCCAACAACUCCUUCGUAUCGCAUACGCUCACGCUCAAGCCAUGCUUUACAGGCCUUUCUUGCAUUUCGUUGCAACCGACAAGAGAUCGCAUAACAUCGAUCAACGUGCGUAUACCUGCGCGGCUUCUUACGUCAACCUUUCGCGAAACCAUAUCCACCUGUGUGUGCAGAUGAAGCAGAAAGGACUGCUGAAUGGCGCGCAUUGGUUUGUCAUGUACACGACGUUUUUCGCCGUUGUGUCCUUGAUAUACUUUGCAGCAGAGAACCCGCAAAACAUCACAACUGAAGCCGUCUUGAAGGAUGCUAUCCAGGGCAAGGAAGUGCUGGCAUCUUUGGCUAAACGCAGCAUGGCAGCAGAUCGAUGCGCUCUAACAUUGGAGGGUAUUUUUAAAGCACUCCCAGCUUGGGCACGUGAAGGUCGUGCAAAUCCCGCUCCAUCACGCAAACGACGUCAAAGUUCGAACCAUGGUCCACCACAGAGUGCACGAAGCCACCCUGACAUCUCCGUCACUGCCAGAGAACAACCGCCGCCUCAGCCUGGAUCCGUACAACGAGCAAGCACUUUCCCAAACCAUUCCACAGUCCCGACGGCUUUUGAUCAACGAAUGUCUUUCCCUACAUCUUCGAUUAGCUCAGGUGCUAGCUCGUACACACCAACCAGUCCAAACUUCAACCAGGCUUUGGUCACUGGACCGAUGGAAAACAGCAGUCCUUCCAAUGGCAUACUCCCGUACAAUCUCGGAAUGGAUAUGACAAACCCAAAUCUACCCGAUCUGUCGGCGAUGAUGUUCCCAUCUGCAGAACCNUUUACCUACCCCAACCAGCCUCUAACGACUUUUGAGAACAACCAAUUUGCCAAAGAUCCCAACAUCUUCGACAGUUUCAGUGACUCAAAGGUGCCGGGAACAGGUUUCCCUAACAUCAACCUGAAUGACAUGUUCGGGGGUGAGAACGACAUAUUCGGUGGUGGAAUGCUUAUGGAUCAAGCGUUCCGAGGAGCAGGAAUCUGA